AUGGCGCAACUGACUGGUCCUGCGAAACUUGCGGCGGUACAAAAAAUUCUCGAUGACUUGGCCAAAGACCUCGAAUCUCCCGUCCUAAAACCUCAAGAGCGGGACGUGGCCCUUGAGCAACUCAAGUUAUACGGCCGCAACCCAAGUUAUGCCGAACCGAUAUUCACCAAGAGGGGCCUAGAGAUUCUCACCAAGUUUGCUUUUGACAGUGCGUCAGAUACGACAUCCCGCAAUGCACUUCGAGUGCUUUGCAACACUUUAUUUCUUCAAGAGCAGACAAGACAGGUUUUUGUGAGUCUUGGGUACGAAGCUAAAGCGUGCCUCAAGCUUCGGAAUGAUAGCUGGGAGGAUGAAUUCCUGAUCUCAAGACUCAUUCUCCUUACCACCUACGGCACAAACAUCGAUCUCCCAACGUUGAUAGAGAACGAACAGCUAGCCGACACCAUAAUCCAGAACCUCUCGAGACAUGCCAAACGUCUCGCUGGGACGAAACCUGCACCAAAUACGGCUGACCCGAUGGCGGGCAUGGCACUGGAAGAAACACUGAAACUCCUGUUUAAUGUGACGAACUUCGCCAAGGAUCACCUCAGUGCCUUUGACAGGGCAUUCCCGCAUAUUUCCUCGCUGCUCUCCACACUGCCACCGCCCCAAGCGAGCGCUCCUCUCGAUCCUCCGUUCGGUCUCCUAAUCAACACCCUCGUCAAUCUCGACGCCAGCACACCAACCGCCCGGGCCGCCCUCUUUCCUGUGGACAAACCGACACUUCUCAUCGACCGGCUUCUCCAGCUUCUCGAUCUCUCAUUAAAGACCUACAACGAUACCGAGCUCGAGCAAUCUGUGACCCAACUAGUCUGCACCUUUUCACUACUCUAUGAGCACGCCCCCAAACCCGGCUCGCCGGCUGGGGCAGACACGGACACAGAAAAAGACACAGCCCGUACCGUUCUCCAGAAGACUCUCCUCCCGACCGAGCAAGACCGAGUCACCGUCCUGGGCCGCGCUGACACCUUACCCUCACGGCUAUUGCGCAACUGGACCAACCCUCUGACGCCAAAUUUUGGUCGCGCGAUAGCUCACUUAUUCUUCGACCUCUCCGACAAGAGUCCGGUUCGGUUUGUAGAGAACGUUGGAUAUGGGUACGCAUCAGGGUUCUUGUUUGAGAACAACAUCAAUGUUCCGGAAGAGGCUUUACGGGCACAGGGCGGUAGCGGGCAAGGUUCUUCGUCCUCGGCAGGCGGUGCUAAUGCGGGCCGGGGCCGGAGGGAGGUGAAUCCCAUCACUGGGCAAUUUUUGGACGAGGAGCGGUUCGCCGAUCUUCCGGAGAUGACGAUGGAGGAGAAGGAGAGAGAGGCGGAGAGGCUCUUUGUCCUUUUUGAGAGGCUGAGGCAAACCGGUGUGGUUGACGUGGAGAACCCUGUUGCUACGGCGAUGCGGGAGGGGAGAAUUCAGGAGCUUUCAGAUGAUGAUGAUGCUGCGGAGGAUCUUGAUUAG